AUGCCAUUUGAAAAGAAGCAUGCCUCAGUUGUUCCUGAGAACAACCUCGAGAGUGAGAAAAAUCUCAGUCAUCUUGACAAGAUCCACAUUUGUCAGCAGUCCUUUGAACACAAUGGGAAAGAGAAAGCUUUCAGCAGGCAGAAGAUAGUCCUUACUUGUGAGCAUGUUUAUACCAAAGACCUAUGCAAUCAGCAACCUGUCAGUGUGGGAGAAGCAAUUCAUGUUGGCCACUAUACAUCUUUGCUUACCCCCAAACAGAGAACUGACUCAGGAGAAAAUCUGUAUGUGUCAAAUGAAUGUAAAGAAAUCAGGAACCACAAGUCAGAACUCAUUAGAGUUCAAAUCCUUCAAAUUGCAGAGAAUCCGUAUGAAUACACCGAGCAUGGAAAUUUCAUUCAGCAGCAGUUAUCUCUCAUUAGGCAUAAGAGAAAGCACCCUGGGCAAAAAUCUUAUGAAUGCAGUGAGUGUGGGAGAGGUUUUUCUCUUAAGUCAAGCAUGAGAGAACAUCAGAGAAUCCACACUGGGGAGAAACCAUUUGAUUGUAGUGAUUGUGGAAAAGCUUUUGCCAGCAAGUCAGAAUUCAUUCAUCAUCAGAGAAAGCACACUGGGGAAAAGCCUUAUGAAUGUAGUGAGUGUGGAAAAGCUUUUAUUCGUAAGUCACAGCUCAUUAGUCAUCAGCGAAUCCACACUGGGGAAAAACCUUAUGAAUGUAGUGAGUGUGGAAAAGCUUUUAUUCGUAAGUCACACCUCAUUAGGCAUCAGAGAACGCACACAGGGGAAAAACCUUAUGAAUGUAGUGUGUGUGGAAAAGCUUUUGCCACAAAUUCAGAAUUCGUACAUCAUCAGAGAAUUCACACAGGUGAAAAACCUUUUGAAUGUAGUGAGUGUGGAAAAGCUUUUAUUCGAAAGUCACAACUCAUUAGUCAUCAGAGGAUCCACACAGGUGAAAAACCUUUUGCAUGUAGUGAGUGUGGAAAAGCUUUUUUUCAUAAGCCAGACCUCGUUUGGCAUCAGAGAAGGCACACAGGGGAAAAACCUUAUGAGUGCAGUGAGUGUGGAAAAGCUUUCCUCAGAAAGUUCGACUUCAUUCAUCAUCAGAGAAUCCACACUGGGGAAAAGCCUUAUGAAUGUAGUGAGUGUGGAAAAGCUUUUAUUCGUAAGUCACAGCUCAUUAGUCAUCAGCGAAUCCACACUGGGGAAAAACCUUAUGAAUGUAGUGAGUGUGGAAAAGCUUUUAUUCGUAAGUCACAGCUCAUUAGUCAUCAGCGAAUCCACACAGGGGAAAAACCUUAUGAAUGUAGUGAGUGUGGAAAAGCUUUUGCCACAAAUUCACAAUUCGUACAUCAUCAGAGAAUCCACACUGGGGAAAAACCUUAUGAAUGUAGUGGGUGUGGAAAAGCUUUUAUUAAAAAGUCAUACCUCACUAGUCAUCAGAGAAUUCACACAGGGGAAAAACCUUAUGAAUGUAGUGAGUGUGGAAAAGCAUUUUCUGACAAGUCAACCGUUAGAAAACAUCAGAGAAUCCAUACUGGAGAAAAACCUUAUGAGUGUAAUGAGUGUGGAAAACGCUUUUUUCAUAAGCCAAUCCUCCUGAGACAUCAGACAACACACACUGGAGAAAAACCUUAUGAAUGUAGUGAUUGUGGAAAAGCUUUUUUUCGUAAGUCAGACCUCGUUUGGCAUCAGAGAAUCCACACUGGGGAAAAACCUUAUGAGGGCAGUGAGUGAGGAAACGCUUAUAUUCGUAAGUCACACCUCGUUAGGCAUCAGAGAAUGCACACAGGUGAAAAACCUUAUAAAUGCAGUGAAUGUUGAAAAUCUUUUAGUAUCCACUCAGGUUUCAUUCAUCAUCAGAAUAUGCACACUGGGGAAAAUCUGUAUGAAUGUAGUGAGUGUGGAAAAGCUUUUAUUCAAAAGUCACACCUCAUUAGGCAU